GUCAAGAUCGAUCGAGCCACAUAUAUAUCAAAAUUAAAAAAAUGCGGCGAGAAACUAAAAAAAAUAUUGCCAUAGGCAUGUCCAUUGCAACCAUAUUUCUCGCUAUCCCCAUUAUUGUGGUCGGCGCUUGGGCGAUGACCAGCACUUCUUGUGUGAAGAACAAGGACGACCUCUUAGAGUGGGUUGUCUUUUGUGGAAUCGCAAUGCUCGUGUCGGGCAUCAUUGGGUGCUGGGGAGCCGGGUGUGAUGAGACCAAGUGUAACGCAGGUUACACCAUGGUUAUGUGUAUAUGCUUAGUACUCAUGUUUCCUUUAAUCAUUAUCCUCUCGGUGCGGUCCAGAUACUCGGGCACCACCGAGAAGGCGCCGGGUCGAGGUUACGUGGAAUACCGUUUCCAUUCAUUCGAUUCCUGGCUUCGCGGUAGGGUUAGCAAUGAGAUUAAGUGGGACGGAAUCACAACUUGUAUGGGCAUUUCCGAUGGUCCGUGCGGCGACUUGAAGCGGACAUCGUCUUUCUCCUCGUCUCAACAACUUUAUGCUACAAACCUCACCCCCUUACAGGCUGGAUGUUGUAUUCCCUUACAAAGUUGUAAUUUCACUUUUGUGAGCCCAACGAGUUGGACUGCAACCAACAACCAAACACCGGCACUAGAUGUUGAUUGUGCUAGAUGGAACAAUGAUCAAAGCAAACUUUGCUUGGAUUGUAAUUCUUGCAGAGCAGGAGUACUCAUCGGCAUCAGGAAUAAAUUGAUAAUUGCAUGUAUAGUUCUGGCUGUUUUCUAUCCGUUAGCGCUUAGUGCUUGCAUUACUUUUAUUUGCCAAGUAAUAAAAGGACGACGCCCGGUCUAACCAUCCAUGAGGAUCCCAGAACUGAUCGGACAAAUAUUUGGGAGGAUGUAAGUUGAGUUUUGAUCACAUUAGGAUGGAAAGAGAUUCUGAUUCCAUCCCAAAAGUAUCACAACAGACAUUGAAAAUUUUAUUUAAACG